CUGCAGAAGUGUGUCUCGGCACCUUCGCUCUUCCUUCUCUCUCUCUCCUCGUCGCCUCUGCUCGCUCGCCCUCUCACUCAACAUGGCCUUUGCCGGAAAAUGGGAACUGGAGACACAGGAGGGAUACGACGACUUCUGCAAACUCCUCGGCAUCCCUGCUGACGUCAUCGAGAAGGGGCGUGACUACAAGAUGGUGACGGAGGUGACCCAGAGCGGGGAGGACUUCACCUGGACCCAGCUGUACCCGGCCGGCGCCCGCGUCUCCAACAAGUUCAGCGUGGGCAAGGAGAGUGACAUGGAGACCAUCGGUGGCAAGAAGUUCAAGGCCACGGUGGCCAUGGCCGGGGGCAAGCUGAGCGUCAGCUUCCCCAACUACAGCCACACCUCGGAGAUCUGCUGCGGGAAGUUGGUGGAGACCUCCACCUCCGGGUCCAUUGUGCUCAAGAGGACCAGCAAGAAGCUAUAAAUGUUUUGACCUUUGGCCUCUGAUCUCUGACCUCUGGGUUACAACGACACAUCCAUCUUUACUCAAAUUCAAUAAAGUGAAAACUGU